GGCCCCCUUCCCUCCGCUCCUCUCCUCUUCCGUCCCGUCCUUCCUUCCCCUGCCCGGUUCUGACGGUGUGGCCGAUCCCCUUCUCCUGCCCGCGCGAUGUUCCCAUCCCCUGUGGGGCCUUCCCAGGGCUCCGCGUUAACGUCGGGAGGAGGAGACGAAUCUCCUGGCGGGAAUCUCCGGAGGGGUCGGCGGCCGGGAUGCAGCUCGGGGAUGGGGAUUACUGUCCAAGAGGAUUUAGACCUUGCUUAAAAAGAUGCCUGCUGCCUGUGAGUCAGUGCUUGAGGAUAUUGAAGACAUCGUGUCAGCAGAAGAUUUGAGGCCACACGAUCGGCAGUUUGUGAGAAAGAAUGUUUUUCCCAAAGUGCGAAAACGCAACUCCCAAAAAAACGUUCAGACAGAUGAUGAGCCCCCAAGUGACAGCAUUAUUCCUGGUGUUCAGAAAAUCUGGAUUCGUACAUGGGGAUGUUCUCACAAUAAUUCAGAUGGUGAAUACAUGGCUGGACAGCUGGCUGCAUAUGGAUACAAAAUUACAGACAACUCUGCUGAAGCAGAUUUGUGGUUGCUGAACAGUUGUACAGUAAAAAAUCCUGCCGAGGACCACUUCAGAAACUCGAUCAAGAAAGCCCAAGAAGGGAAGAAGAAAGUCGUUCUAGCAGGCUGUGUACCCCAAGCCCAACCUCGCCAGGAGUACCUGAAAGGCUUGAGUAUUAUAGGGGUUCAGCAGAUAGAUCGUGUAGUAGAAGUUGUGGAGGAAACUAUUAAAGGUCAUUCUGUGAGACUGCUGGGUCAGAAAAAGGAUAAUGGAAAACGUUUGGGGGGAGCACGACUGGAUUUGCCAAAGAUUAGGAAGAAUCCACUGAUAGAAAUAAUUUCCAUCAAUACAGGGUGUCUCAAUGCAUGUACCUACUGUAAAACUAAGCAUGCCAGAGGAGAUCUAGCAAGUUAUCCAAUUGAAGAACUGGUGGACAGAGCCAAACAGUCUUUUCAAGAGGGUGUUUGUGAGAUAUGGCUGACCAGUGAAGACACAGGGGCUUAUGGCAGAGACAUUGGCACAGACCUCCCCACGCUUCUGUGGAAGCUGGUUGAAGUUAUUCCUGAGGGAGCUAUGCUGAGGCUUGGCAUGACAAACCCUCCCUAUAUUUUAGAGCAUCUGGAGGAAAUGGCCAAGAUUCUCAAUCAUCCAAGAGUAUAUGCUUUUCUGCACAUACCAGUCCAGUCAGCCUCUGACAGUGUGCUCAUGGAUAUGAAAAGAGAAUACUGUGUGGCAGACUUCAAACAAGUAGUGGAUUUCCUUAAAGAAAAAGUGCCUGGAAUAACAAUUGCUACAGACAUCAUUUGUGGUUUUCCAGGAGAGACAGAUGAAGAUUUUCUAGAAACAAUGAAACUUGUAGAACUGUACAGGUUUCCAAGCUUGUUUAUUAAUCAAUUCUACCCACGCCCAGGAACCCCAGCUGCAAAAAUGCCUCAAGUUCCAGCUGCAGUGAAAAAAAAGAGAACGAAGGAUCUGUCCCAGCUGUUUCAUUCAUACAAUCCAUAUGAUCAUAAGGUUGGUGAGAGGCAGAGAGUUCUGGUAACAGAAGAAUCCUUUGACUCCAAUUACUAUGUUGCUCACAAUCCUUUCUAUGAGCAGGUUCUUGUGCCAAAGGAUCCUCUGUUAAUGGGUAAGAUGGUAGAAGUGAAUAUUUAUGAAGCUGGGAAACAUUUUAUGAAGGGGCAGCCAGUAUCAGAUGCCAGAGUUCACACUGCAUCCAUCACCAGACCGUUAGCAAAAGGAGAAGUUUCUGGUUUAACAGAGGAGUUCAGACGUGCACCACAGAACGGCACAAACUGGAAAGCCCAGCCUUCUGCUGAGAUCCCAGUGAAAACACGGCUCAGCUCGUGGAUGGCUUUUCAGCUCCCAUGGCAACAAGAGGGAGGUGGACUGAAGAUCCUGUCUGUCAGCCUGGCUCUACUGGCAGUUCUUGUUAUGUUUUACUACAGAGGAAUGAAAACAGAACCGUGAACUGAAUGGGGCUUUUAUAAAAACAGUGAAACUGCUGUUUAAAAUCUUCAAAGGAAACACUUUUACCAACAAAUCUUUUUUUCUUUUUUCUUUUUUUUUUUUUAGAAAAAAAGAAAGCUAAUCUAAAUUGGGCAAUAAUUUGUACUCACUCUAUGCCUUUCCUGUCAUUCAAAGGAGAGAAGGUUAAUAAACUGUAGGGAGGCCUAUCUUGCCAAAACCUGAGAUCCUUGGUUGGUAGAACAGUUUGUUGCACCUUUCCUUUUCUUUUUUUCCUAAAAUGAUGCAAUGUUUGCAUUACAUACUCUUUUCAUAAUUGCUAUAUCAGGUAAAAUUGCAUUAAGUUUGUAAGGAUCUUUCCAUUGAGUGAUAUUGGUCAUCUUUUAUGGUUAGGAUAUUUAAAGUUUUCCUAAAGAUUUUUCUUGAUGCAGUGUGAUGGUUUGGUAUCUGUCUUUUUACAUUAGAAUGAACACUGCAAGGCCAUUAAAGUUUGUCAUUUGUUGCCAUUUA